UGUGUGUGUGUGUGUGUAUGUGUGUAUGUACACAUGGUUGGUUGGUUGGUUGGCUUUAUUAUGUGAUCCUCACUUUCCUCUCUAUCAUCCCUCUUCCGUUUCAUGAAAUACUAGAUGUAAUGAAGAGUGGGAUAUAAAGUCUCUGCUAUUGUUCUUAAUUGGUGUGAUACUUCAAUUUAUCAAAACAUAAAAUCCUGGCUUUUGUGUGCCACUGUAUGAAUACGCUCGCUGCCCAAUUACCUUCUAUAGUCCCGUGUUUUUGACAAACUUUGGUGUAUUCACCUGUAAACGCGAUGAUAACAAAGAUAUUCUUUGUUGACGAGAAAAAAAAAAUCACGAUUCACUGAAGCAUCUCUACAUACUGUACUCUGAAAGGUCUCCUCUGCUUACUCUUGGAAAGGUCUAAGAAGUGGCAUUAUGUGUAUCAUACAUAGUUUUGUGCGUCGUACGCUAGUUGUGCUCGAGAGGAACGAUGCCCCAAUUAAUGUCGAGCCGUGGAUCCGCUUCCUGCUCCUCUUGAACUUGGAGGAGAGGCGUCCGAGACCCGCUCAUUUCUCCGGUCCUUGGAUCCGCAUCAAGUUGAGUCAAGACUUGCCUCUCCUUGAAUGUCGGUAAGUUAGGAUUCUUCUGUGUGUGCCCCACUGAGGGCCAAGUCAGGCAUGAGGUGCGCGCAGAGGCUAGAAAUUAUCUUUUUCUCCAGUGCUGCAGAACACAUAUGACUCGGCCCGAUUUUCCCCGUUUUUAUUUUUACCCAUCAUUCUCAUGGCUGCUAACUGCAUUGGGGAACGUAGUUUUUCUCCUUUUUAUUUUCUCGUCGUUUCUGUCUUUGAUUGUCCGUUUGAUUGCAUGUUUGCCAAACUGUGCCUGCAGUCUGUCUCUCUCCUCCCCCUCCCCCUCCCUAUCUUCCUCCUCCCUCCUCCCUCUUUCCUCUACCCUCUUCCCUCUUCUCUCUUCCCUUUUUUUGUGUAUCUGUCCUUAUCUGUCCUCAGCUUCCCUGCCUACCUUUUCGUCUCCCUCAUUCCUGUUUCUUUGUCUCUCUCUAGCCAUUCCUCUUCCAUCUCUCCUUUUGUGUAUCUGUCACUUAGCCAUUCAUAUAUGAUUUGUCAGCUACCCCCAUUCAUUGACUCUUUCAAGUAGAGAUUUCUAAUCUCAACAAUUUGCGAGUCCCAGUAAUGUUCUCCAGGGCCCUUCUCCCUGAUCUGGAUUUAACUCUGGACUCCGGGCGGUUCGCUGCCUCUGAUGAUUCAUUUCUCUCUUCUCUCUGUUCUGCCUCCCCCUGCCAUUUCUCUACUUCAUGUUUGUUGCCUUUGUUCGGUCGUCUCUUAGCGUCAUUUCUUCUUUCUCUUUUUCUUGGUUCAGCUAGAGUGAGUCUGAGUCUCAGCGAGUGAGCGUGGAGAGAGAAGGAAAGAGAGAGUGGCUGUGCUGGCAUGUUUCGUUUUGGCACCGUGUGUGGCCGCGUCGGGUGGUGGCACUUGAAUGAGGAGAGGCUUGCCGGUGCCACGCAGGAUUCCUCUUCGUCUCCCCCUCCCGCCCUCUCCCCCACCCUAUCGCUCCCCAGCGGGUGCCGCUAAGUUGCCGCGCACUGCCACCUGUCUUAAUACCGUUCCCAUAUGUGAACACGCUGCAGACUCUCAUUGAGGGAGACCGUGUUAUUUAAGAAGGUGUGAGAUUAACUUUACGAGCUUUAAUUUUGAUCUCUGGCCCCGUCUGCGCCUGCCCCUCCACACCUGGCCACCCCCACCGACUGCUGCUUGUUUCUGCUUCGCCGCUAACGCCGCCGCCGCCGCCACCUGCGCCUCCAGGUCACGAGUGGCGAGCGCCUCCACCCCGCACUCCGCCACGCGCCACCACACUGCCACCACCAUAUCCACCACCACCGCCACCAUCACACUGCACCUUCACCAUCACACCACGUUGUAGCGAUGAGCUCGGGUCUGGAACGACAGUAUGACUCGCCUUAACCGCCGCGGUCGGGGACGGUGGUGCUGCAAGGCUGGAGCGCCUCCUUAAGCCUCCCUCCACACGCCGCAUGUACAUACGAGUCGUCUUGGCGACACGGGACAGCGAGUCGGCGAGUGUGUGAACUUGUGCUGCGCUCUGUUCGCACGGUGACAUGCCGGAGUGUGUGCUCAGUGAAGCCUUCUGCGAGCGCGGUCCUCGGAGCACGGUGUCCUAGACAAUGCUUCCAAGUUUGAGGGAAACAUUGAUUGUUUAGCAAUUCACUCACUUUGAGUAUAUAAAGCGCUUCUCUUCCCAAACGGUGCAGCUGUGACAGUGCCUCUGGAAGUGAUUCAUUCGCACGUGGAAAGAAAGGCUCAAUAGAUAUCUGCGAAACAGUUGUGGUGGCCAUUUCGCGAUCGCGCAUUGAGGACCUGGCGCCAUGUAUCUUCGCCCGUGAGAGGAGUGGAGGAGUGGCCCGGCACAAUAGUAGCGAGGGGAGGGGCCUCGUUGGGGCCAGGAAGACUUGUUGCUCAGCUCUACUCCGGCCAAUCCUGCCGUGACUUCAAAUCUCUCGUGCCACAGAAACGGAAAUUCCUCUCGCGUCUUGUACGGUGCAGGCGACCUCGCUGAGGUUCGUGUCGCUGGACGACCACGACCUCGCUCCUCUGUUGAGGAGGACAAGACUCCAGCUGAGCCUGGAAAGGAGGGAUCUCACUAUAGCCUCUUCACCUCCAGCGGGCUUGCUUUCGCUGCAAGACUUGUUGGCAGGUUCUCGCCUAGCCCCGCGGCGAAGACGCGGGACUGGCACAAGAAGGCUCAUCUCGUCGAAACCAUUUGAAUUGUUUGAACAGAAUCCCGAGAAGAUUUCGCGGGAAGACUGGUGAGGAAGUGUCUCUUGGCGUGGUGGAGAGGCACUCGAGCGAGUGGUGGAGAUAUGGUGGAGAAGCGGUGGUGUUUUCGAGAAUAGUGGUCAAGUUUUAUCUCGUGUGCAUCCACGAAUUGCGAAUAAAUAACGUACUUUUCUCCUGCGAUGAGUGACAAUGAACUCGGUGUAGCGAGGGCGGUGAUGGCGUGUUUGUGGAUGGUGAUGUUGCACCGUGGGCUCGUACCUAUGUGUUCCAUGUAACUGGUAGGGAGGAGGUGCCGCACAAGGACCAAUGAUGAAGAAGAGCAAGUUACUCAGCCGGCUGCUGCGCGGCGGCUCCGGGGGCAGCACGAAGGGCCCCUCAGGAGGGCCACCUGAGCUGGGGGAGGCGGGGAUUGCGCCCAACCCUAUGAUGGCCGCCCGCAGUGCCAGCGCCGGAAGCGGGCGCAGGCGGGAGGUCGUGACUGUAAGCGCGCCCAAGAGCGCUCCGGCCAGCGCCUCCCGGGAGCCGCAGUUCCACUACCAGCAGCAGGGGCAGCAGAGGAGCGGCGUCGAGCGCUCGUCCUCGUGGAAGUACACGCAUGAUCACACGCCCGACUCGUUCAGCAUCAACAGCUCCCCGUCUAUCCUGGAUGGGCGCGGGACCGGGGGCUCGCACGGCCACGGGGAGGAGGUGCACUCCAUCGAGAAGAGCCAGAGCUGGAGCGGCGACAGGCUGCUGGACUGCGCCACAGACUCGGGCUCCAGCAGGGGCGGAACCAACAACAGCAGCCGCGCCGGUAGCGGCAGUCGCGCGGGAAGUCGCACUGGCACCAGCAGCCGGUCCUCCCGGGAGCGUGGGGUCGUCGGGGGUCCUCCCAGCCUCGCUGCCAGCAGUCGCACCGGCAGUCGCACCGGGAGCCGCACCGGCAGUCGUGCUGGCAGUGAUCGUGGCGACUCGACCCCAAGCAGCGUGUACGACCACCCAGUCGACCACUCCCGAGUCUCGUCCCACACAGACGCCGAUGGCUACGAGAACGUGGAGCUGCCGUCGCCGCAGAGGGACAGCGGCGACAACAGCAGCAGCGAACAGGGGAGCUCGGGGCGGCAGCACGGGUCACGUCUCAGCGUCAAAAGCAGCGGUCGGAGGUCGCGCCGGCCCAGCCCGCGCCGCCAGACCGGCCACGCCAAGUCCCAGGAGUCGACGGACACGCGGGACAGCCGCAGCAGCCGUGGCAGCGUGCGAAGUAACGUGCCCGCCAUUUCCCUGAGCACCUCCAGCCCUGUGCCAUCGCUCAAGGCCCCUGGGAGCCGGUCUCCCUCGCGCAAAUCCAGGAGGUCUCCCAGCAGAUCGCCCAACAGGGCCCCAAGCCGCUCUCCGAGUCGUUCUGACAGUCGCAGAAGAGAUAGUCGUAGAACGAGCAGUCGGUCCCCCAGCAGGGCACCUAGUCGCUCUCCCAGCAGAGGCCCUGCUGGCUCCCCUCAGAGGGCGCCCAGCAGGUCGCCAGUGAGGAUGCCUAGCCGCGUCUCGCCCGGCGACCCCUGGACUCGCAUCCCCGGAACCCAGGAUCCUCUGCAGAUCCGCUACAACGGCGAGCAGCCCCCGGGCGGGCCGCGGAGCAUGUCCUACGAGGAGGGUCGCAUGGGGGCCGGCACUCGCAGCCCACAGCCGCCCCUGUGGAAGGCCCGCUCUUGGCAGCAGUACAGCAUCAGCGGCAGCACCCCGCAGAGCGAGCGUGCCCGCCAGCUGGCCAAGAGUCGGUCGUGGCAGCAGCAGCACACCGUCAACCUGGGCCUGUCGAUGGAAGGUGGACUGGGACGACCUCGGCAGCAUCACAUCACGAGGCAGGAGGCUGUAGUAGCGCAACCGACUGCCCCGAUGGGUAAGAGCCGCUCGUGGCAAGUGAGCCAUGAAGCAGAUCCUGUGCCCGGCCCUCUCCCACGCACUUAUACGGUCUCGGAGCGGCGGGGGCAGCGCUCCUCCAUACGUCUGGCGCCACCCUCGCCAACACGCCCAACUCCGCCCUCCUACUCUCACUCCCCUGCCAGGUCCCCGAUAAGUGCCCUGCCGCCCCAGACUCACCCCUCUCCCAACACUAACAUGCCCAUACACGACAUGAGAGCUCAUCUCCAACACAUUCACCAUCCACCCAUGCGCACCCAGGCUAGUAUCGGAGGCUAUGGUGCUCCUCCGCCGACUUCUGUAGCACCACCACAUGUCACAGACUAUGUGGAGCUGCGUAACUAUGAGGCCAUGGAGAGGCAGCAGCAGCAGCAGCAGGAGUAUGUGGACCUGCGGCAGUACCGGGCAGAUCAGGUUCGACCUGCUCGAGACCCUAUCUGGCGAGAACGAUACUUUACACCAAAUCAGUUUUCUCACAUGAAGCCAAUGCACCAACAACAGUUGCAGCAACAGCAAAUGCACCAGCAUUUGCAGCAUCAGCAACAGUUGCAGCAACAUUUUCAACACCAACAGUCACUGCCACAGCAGCCAAUGAGACAAAAGCAUAUGCAACAGAGGCCGUUGGUCCACCAAAAGUCACUGAUGGCAGGUGGCUUCGAGUCGAGCCAGUACGGGUCUCCGUCUCAGAUGGACGGGGAAUACGCCUCGCUGCAGGAGGUGCGCGACAAUAUGCUGCGGGACACCCUAACCCGCGACGGUACAGUGCGUUACCGUAAGACCAAUGCUGCCAAAGAGAAGGAGCAGAAUCAGGCUCAUGACCAGAGCCGGCAGGGGCCAGUGAAGUCAGCCUCUCUCAUGACUUCCCAGGAGCUGCUUAAUACCCUCAAGAGACAGCUGGCGCUCUCGUCGCCCACGCGAACGUCUCGCAGCAAGAGCAUGGAGGCGGGGCGCGCGGCGGCCGCCAUGAACGCCGAGAAGAACGAUGAGACCGUGAGCAAGGGCCUGGACGAGGGCGGCGUGAGCGACCGCCUCUCGCCCGCCCUCAUGGCCCUGGUGGCAGAGAAGAGGGCGCGCCUCAAACGGUCGACUGGCGCCUUCUCAGGUAGCGGCGGAGGACGUGUAGCAGUGUUACGGCAGUUCACCGCGCCACCAACGAGAUGUACAGUAGUCGACACACAAACGCCGCCGCUGCCGCCACCUGCUGCCCUCAACCUCUCUCGCGCUUGCUCUCACCUGCAUGUCUACACUGCACGUACUACCAGCUGCCACACAUGUCUUAGCGUGGACAUACACACGCGCGCGCUCACGGAAGGACACACACGCACACGUGAGAGGAGAGGCAUUAGCAGCAGUUCUACUUGGCCGGAUGUACUUGAACGGUCUCGUUACGAAACGCACUCGACUGACAUCAAAGAAAUUAAUUAUGAGCCGAGAUUGAUUCAGGUGAGGUGUGGAAUGCCCCAGCUCCGGUCAUUCGGGAAGAUUGGUAAAGCUUUGGGAGCAGAUUAG